AUGGGUAAAAUUAAAAAUCAUGAUAUUCUUAUCCAUAUACAGAGUUCUUCUUUAACGGACUUAAUUUCGGCGUUCGACACAAAAGCGCAGGCGCACACAGACCUACAGAAAAUAACAGCAUUUAGCGGCAGCUUCGACAAGAACCACAAACCCACAUUCUCAAAGGAUGAAUAUGGCAAACCUAUCCCCGGAUCAAAGACGGAAUCCAGAGGAGCAGAGGCACAGGCAAGAGUAUGCACAGAGAUGAAAGAACUUUGCGAGAUUAUCAAUCAGUACGGAAAAUCACCGUGCAAAGGUCUCCUUCCGCCGGAACUUCAGUGCGCUACAAAAGUUAUCUCGUUCGGGGAACUUUUCACGAUAUACACGGUAAUAUCCGAUAAGUUGGUCGGUAUUUUGCUGAGGACGCGAAAAUAUCAUCUAACUUACUUCGAGGGUGAAGUGUUAUUCCAAAAACGCGACGACGAUGUUCCCGUAUUCCUGAUGCAGUCAAUCGCAGAUAUCAGAACAUAUUGUGAUAACAAAGCACUUCAAGCAAGAAGAUCGGUUUCCCCAAUGCCAAACUAA